AUGGACGACGAUGACGCUAUAGCCAUUAUUGGUAUUGGAUGUAAGUUUCCCGGAGCUGAUAACCAAGACGAAUUUUGGCAAUUGUUGGUUAAUGGCGAGAAUCAUGUUAUUGAUAUACCACCUGAACGAUGGAACAAUGAUGCAUUUUAUAAUAGCGAUCCCGACGCAAAAGGAAAGACAUAUGUUCCAAGAGCAGGAUUUCUGAGAAAUCAUGAUAAAUUUGAUAAUAAGUUAUUUGGAAUCAAUGACAUUGAAGCAGAACGUAUGGAUCCUCAACAACGAUAUGUGCUUGAAUGCGUCCAUAUGGCUUUGGAAGAUGGCGGCAUCACACGAAAUAUGAUUAGUGGAUCAAACACUGGAGUUUUUAUAGGUUUUAUGAAUGAUGAUUAUAAAGGAUCAGCCGCUGAUGACCUUACUACAAUGACAAACUACAGCCUAACCGGAACAUCUCCAAGCAUUAUUUCCGCUCGUGUAUCAUAUGUUUAUAACUUGCUAGGACCGUCAAUGUCAAUAGAUACUGCAUGUUCAUCUGCUUUAGUUGCAAUCGAUGUUGCUGCUCAGAGCUUAAAAAUGGGGCGCAGUUCAAUGGCUAUCUGUGGAGGGGUUAACAGUAUUUUAUCGCCGGAAUUAUUUAUUCCACUCAGCCGAGCCAGAAUGGCAUCCCCAAGUGGACAGUGUCAUGCUUUCUCUGCAAACGCAGAUGGAUAUGCUAGAGGCGAAGGGUGUGGUAUAGUUAUAAUGAAGAAACUAGGAAAUGCUAAAAAGGAUUCAAAUAAAAUAUGGGCAACAAUAGCUACUGAUUGCAACCAAGAUGGCCACACAGCAACCCCCAUAACAGCCCCUUCUGCUUGUCAACAAGAAAAACUUCUUCAUCAAGUUUAUUUAUCAAAUAAUGUCAAUCCGAAUGACGUACAAGUUAUAGAAGCGCACGGUAAGUAA